AUGCGCAUAAAACAACGCGCCCGCACCCCCCGCACCUCCGACGGCACAUGCACACCAAGCACAGCGCUCCCGGAGACCGCCCGUCUUACCCUCGAGAACACGCGUAUCAGCACCGAGAACACACACCUCAGAGAGCAGGUCGCGCGCCUCAGCGCCGAAAACACCCGACUGACGGUGGAGAACGAGGAGCUGAUUCAGUGCUGCAAUGGGCUCCGUGCAGCAGAGAAGAAAAGCCAGCGUCUUUUGCAGAAGCGGGGGGAGCUGGCGGAGCAGGACGAGGACGUGGCGAAAGACCUGAGGGUAGGGGAUCUGCAUGUGGAGGGGUGGGUGGAGGAGAGUGAGGGGCUGAAGAGGAAGGUGGCGCGCAUUGAGGAGGAGUUGGGGUGUCUGCGGGCAGCGGGGAGAGUUGUUGCGACCGUGGUGGCGGAUGAUGAUGGACACCGGGCUGCUCCGGGCCUGUUGGGCGCGGAAGCGGGGGCGGGGGCGGGGGCGGGGGCGGAGAACACGGAGCUUUCGGCUGCGGACGGGCCAUCGUCGGCUGAAGAGGUCGCGUCGAUCCGGAUGAGGCUGGAACCGGCAAGUACAAGCACCUAUCUCGAGGCGCCAAAAGAACAUGAUGUAUGCCUUGAUAAAACCUAUCCGCACCAAUUGCAGAACACAUCUACGCCAGCGCCACAGCUAGACCACAAGGUAUCGCAAUUCCCACCUACGAACAUCCCGGCGGAUCAGGAGAGCAUCUCGCAGGGGAAUCCAGAGGCGGCCCAAGCCGGCAUCGGACUCGCCACAAUGAGAGAACAGCUAGAAAGGGUGAGAGCAGAGCUACAGAGAGUAACGGCGGAGAAAGAGGCGCUAGACGCGCCCCAGAAAGAGAACGCGGGACACAAGCGGCCCAACCGCGAAAACGCGCCGCUACUGAAAUACAUAGUUGAACUGGAGGGGAAGCUGAAGAAACAGACCUCCAAAGCCCGGGCAGCGGAGGAAAGCCUGUCACAGAUGGCAAUCAGGCUGUUGGCCGCAAUGAACGGGCACGAUGCGGCAGAGGCGGAGAAGAAGGACCUGCAGUCCAGGAACAUGGAGCUGGCGUCGGAGCUGGAAAGGACGAGGAAGGAGCUUACGUCAGAGCUGGCAACGGCGAAGACGGAUAUCAAGUUUAAGGGUUGCGAGAUUGCGAAUUUGAAGUCGAGGAACACGCAGCGCUCCCAGCUGUUGAGGGCGGUGCAGGAUGAGCUUGAGAUGAGACGGCUGAAUGAUGAGGAGCUGAUGGAGGAGAAUGAAAGAAUAUUAUCAUUGCUGGCCAGGGCGAACGAGGCAAAUGAGGCCAACGAAACAAAGAAAGUAAAUGGGCAAAAUGAAAUAGAUGAGGGAAACGAGGGAAACGAAUCAAAUGAAGAAAAUGGGGGAAAUGACGCGGAAGAGGUGAAUCAAAUAAAUGAGGUGAAUGGUGUGAAUGAGGAACAGAAGUCAAAUGAGAAGAACGAUGAGAAUGAGAAGAAUGAGGGAAAUGACGGGAACGAGGGAAACGAGAACCAAAUCAAGGAACUGGCGGAGGAGGUGAUGGAGGAGGUGAACGAUGUCGAGCUUCUGGAUAGUUCUGACGACAGCCAAAGAAAAGUUGAUGAAAUUGAUAUAUUGCGGUAG